AUGACGACCACCGCUGCUGUCGGCCCGUUGCUCCUGGCGACGGUGUGGACGUCGCUGUGGACACCCACCGAGGCCCAGUGCACUCCGGAUUUGCGCCGGAAGAGACCGACGCACACCCUGUGCAAGCCGCCCAACAAUUUGUGCACCAUAUACGAGGCGGGCGUGAACGCCGCUCAGCAAGCCCUCAUUGUGAACCGCCACAACAAACACCGGAGCGAGGUGGCGCAGGGACGGCUGCGCGGAUUUUCGCCGGCAGCCGACAUGCAGGAGCUGAUCUGGGACGACGAGAUCGCGCAGGUGGCGCAGGCCCAUGCUGACCUCUGCACGCCCGCCAACGGAAAAUUGGACCACGACGAUCACGGGGACCGUUUCACGUCGCGGUUCCAAACCACGGGCCAGAACCUCGCGUGGGAUGGACAGACGUUCCCGGUCGGCGUGCCCAACUGGACUAAUGCAAUCGACGAGUGGUACAUUGAGCACAUGUUCUACCCGCCGGGGUACGUGAGUCAGUAUCCCGGCGUAGCAGCCACAUCCCAGGCCACGGGACACUUCACCCAGGCUAUCUGGGCCAAGACUCGCUACAUUGGCUGCGGCUACGCCUAUUACACGGUCGUCGGGGCUCGGUUGCCGCACAUGCGCAAGUACACGUGCAACUACGCUCCGUCUGGGAACUACAAGCGACGGCCCGUCUACCAGGAGGGCGCUACUUGCAGUGCGUGUCCGCCGCCCACCCACUGCCGCCAAGUCACGGGUCUGUGCGGCGACCAAGCGCCCGCUCAGAACCCUGGGUCCCAACCCUCGCCACCGAACUCUCCCGACAUGUCGUCUCCUUCCGAACCGGCAGCGGAGACGAUGAUGUGGCCUUAUGUAACACUUGUUGUGUCCUUAGCCGUUGUGGUAUCCUUGCUGGCUGGGCUCGUCUUCGGUUGGCGCAUUAUCACUCGAACCGAUUACUUGACGGGAAGUGCUGCCCCCCCGGCGGCGGAAUAGUGGGCAACGUCAAGAUAUUUUACAUCCGUUUGUUUUUUUGUUUUUUU